GUCUUGUGCUGUGGAAGGAAGCGCGAAACUCAGCCAGCCAUGCGUUUGGAUCGACUGGAGCUGGAGAACUUCAAGUCCUAUGGCGGGCACUGCGUGAUCGGGCCGUUCACGGCCUUCAGCGCCGUCAUCGGGCCCAACGGGUCUGGCAAGUCCAACCUUAUGGACGCCAUCUCCUUUGUUCUCGGCGUGCGCGCCAGAGAGCUUCGCGGCGCCCAGCUCAAGGACCUCAUCUACAGUAGCGACUCUGCGACCAAGGGAAAGCUGCGCGCCAAAGUCUCCGCUGUCUUUGUUGACGCCAAUGACGAGGACGCGGACGAGCUCAUCCUCUCCCGCAGCAUCUCGGCCAAAGGGUCGUCAGACUACAAGAUCAAUGGCAAGGCUGUGACGUGGGAGCAGUAUGAUGAGCGCCUGCAGUCCCUCGGGCUACUGGUCAAGGCGAAGAACUUCCUCGUGUUUCAGGGCGAUGUGGAGAACAUUGCUGCGAAGAGCCCCAAACAGCUCACACAGCUCUUUGAGCAGAUCAGCGGGUCUGCUGCGCUUCGCGAUGAGUAUGAGGCGGCGAAGAAGGCGCGAGACGAGGCAGAGGCCGACCACCUCUUCUUCCAACAGCAGAAGAAGGGGCUGUACACGGAGCGGAAGCAGUACCAGCAGCAGAAGGAGGAGGCGGACCGCUUCCAGCAGCUGCAGGACGAGCUCGCUGCCACCCGCCGCGAACACAUUCUCUGGCAGCUCUACAACAUUGAGCAAGAUAUGACGGAGGAGAGCGAUGCGCUGCAGACCAAGCUGAAGACGUUCAACAAGUUGACCCGCAAGGGGGAGGCAGCAAAGGCCACGCUCAAGGACCACAACAAGAAGGUUGCCGCUGCGGCAAAGGCGCGCAUGAAUGCAAAGAAGGAUCUGAAGAACCAGGAGAAGAAGGUGCACAAGCUGACGCCGCAGCACGUGGCCAUCCAGACGAAGCUGAAGCACGCCAAGGGCCGGCUCGCAGCCAACGCCAAGCUGCUGCAGUCGGCGCGCGCAGACCAGCAGCGGGCGGAUGAGGAAGUGCACGAGCUGCAGGAUGAGCUGGAGAAGGUGGAGGCCGCACAGGAGCGAUACGACAACACACUCGCAGAGGAGAGCCAGCACGACGAAAUCCAACUCGGCCAGGAAGAGAUGGAAAUGUACAACCAGCUCAAGGCCAAGGCCGCGUCCGAGACACACGACCUCAAGACCACCUGCGACAAGGCGACGCGGCUGUAUGAGGCGAAGCAGCGCGAAGUGCAGCGCGAGCAGAAACAGAAGGAGGAAAUCAAAACAAAGAUGGCCGCCCUCGAAAAGGAAAUCGCAACGCAGUCUGAGCGCCUGAAGCGGCUGCAGGAGAACCUGAACCGCCAGCAGAAGGACAUGCAGCAGAAAGAGCGGGAUGUGCAGCGGGCGAAGCAGGAGCGGCAGGAGAUGACGCAGCAGAAGGGCGAGCUCUCGUCCAAGAUUGAGACGGUCAAGGCCUCGCUGCGAGAGGCAAACGCGUAUCGCAAGGAGAGCGCACGCAACCGCCGCCUCAACGACGCCAUCGCAACCAUGAAGCAGCUCUUCCCGGGGGUACACGGCAAGAUGAUUGAUCUGUGCGAGCCGCGCCACAGCCGAUACAAGGUGGCGGUGACGGUGAUCAUGGGGUCGAACAUGGAUGCGGUUGUGGUUGAUUCGUCGGACGUGGCGAUGGAGUGCCUCAAGUACCUUCGCGAGAACCAGAUUGGCACGGCAACGUUUAUCCCGCUCGAGUCGGUCAAAGUCAAGGACGUCAAGGAACACCUCAGACAACUCCCCAACGGCAGCAAGCUCGUGCGUGACGUCAUUGAUUUUCCGCCGCGCAUCGAGCGUGCCGUGCAAUACGCGUGUGGGAAUGCGGUCGUGUGCGAGACGGAGAAGGAAGCAAAGCGCCUCGUCUUCUCCGAGGGCGCAGCAUCAAAGACUGUGUCGCUGAAGGGGACGGUGAUCAAGGCCUCUGGCGAGAUGCAGGGCGGUCUUGCUGGCGUGGAGAUGAAGGCCAAGCGCUGGGACGAGAAGAACGUGGACGAGCUCCGGGUCCAGCUCUCCCAGCUCGAAACAAAAUACAAGGCGGUGGCGCGGAAACGCGUGCCGGAUACGGGCGAGGACGAGGCGCAGAUUGAAGGCCUCAAGUCGCUCUGCAAGACCGUCUCCCAUCACAUCGACCUCACACAGUCGACGCUUGCCUCGCGGGAAAAGGACCUCAAGGCGCUGCGCUCUGCGCUGAAGACAACCGAGGACAAAUUGGCGGCGGCCGAGCAGGAGCUGGAGCAGCUCAGGGCCCAGCACGAAGCCGCACAACAGAAAUUCAACGAGGCGACGGAUGCGAUCUUUGCGUCGUUCUGCCGGCGGGUGAAACUGCAGAACAUCCGCGAGUACGAGGACACGCGUCUGGCGCGCGCUGAGCAGAUGGCCAACAGGAAGAAGGAGUUUGCAAAGCAGAUUACCGCCCUCAAGGCCACGCUUGACUUUGAGAAGAAAACCGCCAGCGGAUUCGCAGACCGUGUCGCCUCGCUGGAGCAGAAGCACGAAGAGCUGGAAAAUGAGAAGGAGAAGCAAGAAAAGGCCUUGGAAAAGCUGGGCAAGGACCUGGACCGGGAGACGAAGCGGCGCGACGAACUGCUGGCGAUUGUGAAGGAGAAGCAGGAGGCGGAGGCCGAGCUCGCGGCGGAGAUGAAGGAACUGCAGUCCAAGAUCCGCGAGAAUGCACAGCACCGCGCAGAGGCACAGAAGGACCUCACGAACAGCAGGACGCGCCUCGACAAACUGUGUGCACGCAGACACCAACACUACAAAUACUGCAAGGUGAAUGGGAUUCCACUGCCCUUUGCGAGCGGCGGGUUCAAGCAGGUGCAGGACGAGGAAGAAGUGCCAGCCAUCAGCACAGACGUGAGCAUGUCCACCUCCUACACCUCCAUCGAGGGCAACUCCAUCAACACAGACGUCGCCCAGCGCCUCUACGCCAAGGAGGCCGAGAUUGAGCUCACCUUUGACGAGCUCCCAGAGGAUCUGCUGGAUGUGCCGGAGGAGGACCGCGAUGCCGUCAGCCGCGAGUUUGUCGACCGCAUGCAGAAGACACAGGCCGAGCUCGAGCACAUUGCCCCGAACAUGCGCGCUGUGGAGCGGCUUGCCGAUGUGCGGGAGCGGCUGCAGCAGAGCGCGACGAGUUUCCAGGAGACGCUGGAGCGGAGCACAAAGGCGGCGGAUGCAUUUGAGGAGAUCCGCGCAGAACGUUGCCGGCUCUUCAGAGACGCAUUCGACCACGUGCAGAACGACAUCAAGACCAUUUACAAGGCCUUGACGGAGAGCCCAUCUGCCCCCGCUGGCGGCACCGCAUACCUCUCCCUCGAAAACUCAGACGAUCCCUUCCUCGGGGGCGUCAAGUACAACGCAAUGCCGCCGCUGAAGCGGUUCCGCGACAUGGAGCAGCUCUCUGGCGGCGAGAAGACUGUCGCUGCGCUCGCCCUCCUCUUCGCCCUCCACUCGUACAAGCCCGCGCCGUUCUUCAUUCUGGAUGAGAUUGACGCUGCGCUCGACAACCAAAACGUCAACCGCGUUGUCCGCUACAUCCGCCGCAGAACUGGCGCCCAUUUCCAGUGCAUUGUCAUUUCCCUCAAGGACACGUUCUUCUCGCAUGCGGAGAGCCUUGUUGGGAUUUACAGGGAUCCAAAGCAGCAGUGCUCGCGCACCCUCACCGUGGACCUCACCCAGUACCCCGAGGAACACCAAGCCUAAUGGCUGCUGACGAAGCACAGGCACACAUGUGCACAUACAUCUGUGUGUUUGCGAGCGUGCGCGUGUUGUUUGUUGUUGUGGUUCAUAUUUGUUGGUGUCGCACUUUAUUGUGCCGUGGGCUGAUUUUAUUCUUUCCGUGAUGAUGGUGUUGUUGCUGUUGCUUCCGUGUAUCCUCUUGAUUGUCGUUCACCCCCGAGCAUAAAAGGCGUUGCUUUCC